AUGAUUCUUCUGCCACUGCAGACUUCGGAUUGCACAGUACAACUAAGUCACGAACUGGCGCCGUUCAGUCCUAGACCUACUUGCUUUGACUAUGCAGCACACGACGAAGAGAUGCUGGUGCAAAAUGCUCUACAUUACGCCAAGGCAUUCUUCUGGGUUCGUCUCGCUCCGAGCUCCGCGACCACUCCUCACCCUGAGCACCUCUUCUACAGUCAUAUGCAACUUUCCAAGAACGCAUUUCGGGGGUACAUGAUUGCGGUGACAAUGGGACUGAACUAUUCCGUGGCAGAUCAUCCACAGCGAAAGCUUCACGAGAAGAUGCGGACUCGGUACACAGGGAUCUUGCUCAAUGAGAUCCGAAACGUGAUAGACGACCUCCCGAUGGACCGACUCGACGAAGUUAUUGCUACUGUACUGAUUCUCUCAGUAACAUCACAGUUAGCUGUGAAGCCUAGAGCAGAACUUCCUGGUUCACGAUUCAGAUCGCCAUUGGCGGAAGCGCAGUUACUGGACUUUUGGGGGCAAUUGAAAUUCGAUCGCGCGCAUUUGAAUGGCAUGAGGUGUUUGGUGGAGUUAGCAGGAGGACUUGGCAAGAUGGUAUCACCAGACGUUGCCGCACUGGUACAAAUAGCCGAUCUUAUAAACGCAUCGAGAACCGUAUCCGCUCCGAUGUUUACCUAUCACGACUUCUUUACGCAACAGCAUUCACAAGAAAGCAAGCAGCAUGACUCUAGUGCUACUCUCAAGGUUAUCAAGACCGCAUUUCUGGUGGUCAUACCUUUGACAUCCGACUUCUCGCCUUUGCUCGACGCCGUGGCCGCCUCCUGUGCAGCGACAGAGGCUCUAGACGACUACCAACGAGCACAACCCACCACACAUGCGUUCUCAAGUCUGGUUGGUCUACGCAACAGAGCCCAGUAUCUUGCACUGAGCACCAACGUCAUUGCGUACGGAAAACAUGAUGUCCAGCUUACUCCGGGUGACAUAGCUAUUCACGAUAUUCUUCGCCUCACUCUCCUGAUAUUCAACAAUACUGUUCUCUACCCCUUGCCUCCAACAAGUGGAUUAGCAAGCAAACUCGCACAGCGCCUGGAGGAAUUGCUUUCAACCACGCAACAAUCUUGUUCAAACAUCUGGACGUCUCAUCGACUGCUCAUACUGUGGAGCUUGGUGAUGGGCUAUAUAAGCUGUCUAGCUUCUGCUGACGAUGCAGAUGCUUGUCGCCCCUGGUUCGAAACGCAGUGCGCCAAACUGGUCGUGGCUAUCUUCGGUACCACGCCAACAGUCGACAUCUUGGAGACUUGCUUAAGUAGAUAUCUCUGGUGCGAGACCGUGCUUAGUGCGAAGUUCCGAGAGUUUUACGCAAUCUUGACAGAAGAGGUCGGCGGAUAG